AUGCUGUGGAAUCUACUGGCUCUUUAUCAGAUUGUCCAGAGGACCAUAAGUACUGCUUUUUGUAGGUAUUUUGGAAAUAAAGUUCCAGAAAAGCAAAAGCUGUUUCAGGAGGACAAUGGAAUUCCAGUACAUUUAAAGGGUGGGGUAACUGAUACCCUCCUCUACAGAGUAACUAUGGUUCUUAGAGUUGGUGGGAUGGCAAACGCCAUAAAUCUGCUGGCCAUGACUUCCUUUCCCAAGAAGCAACACUGACUUCAGUUAUCCCAGCAAUCACUUGGUUCAAUUUCAUUGAGCUCUAUAUGGACCAAUUAUCUGAGCUCUUCUUUGGGUAUCAGUAUUUAUUGACCUAUACUUACCAUCACCAAUAAAGCAGUU